AUGGAGGGCGGAGACACUGCAGGUUUUCUUUCCAGCCCGACACUAAAGCAGGUGAUUUUAAUGAUCAACACCUCCUUCAAUUUGAGGGAGGGAGGUCGUCAAUUAAAUCACCUGCUGUAGAAACUGGCUGGAGAGAAAACCUGCAGUGCUUCGGCCCUCCAUUGACACGUGCUUUACAAAAUAACAAAGUGACCCUUGUAUCAUUUAUUUUUCUUUAAGUGGCCCUCGAUGAAAAAGGUUUGGACACCCCGGCUGUUACACAUUAAAGGACUGUUUGAGAAAUAGAAGGAACGAAGAAGAAUUAAAAAGAGCAACCAAAUGACUUCACACAUCUCGCGGGAUUUGAUGCGAGAUCUCCGUUGCCCGGGCAACGGUGUUGACUGUAGCUCGUGUCAGCUAGCGUUGUCUUAUUGUCAAUUACUGCAAACAACCGAGAUGGCGGACGUCCUUGCUCAGUCUUUCUUAUUUGGAUUACAGAGAGAUGUGACAAACAACAUACUUUUUUAUGACGACGAAAGUAUUGUCUUUCCGUGUGGAAAAACUUGUGUUUGCUACAACUUUGUACACAAACGUCAGAAAUUCAUAUCUGCAUCAGAGAAGAGCCAAGGAAUGCGUGCGAUGGCCAUCAGUGCCAACAGGCGUUUCUUAGCCAUUUCAGAGCGUGGAGGGAAAGCCGCCAUCACCGUGUUUGACCUGCAGAAUGACGAAGGAAGAAAGAGAAAAAUGUUGUCUGCAGAAAACAUUGUUGAUGAAGACUUUGUGUGCAUGGCUUUCUCCCCCAAUUCCAAGUAUCUUUUGGCUCAAACGGGCGGACGAGAAUGGAUGCUCGUCUUGUGGCUUUGGGAAAAUCAGAAAGUUGUGUCAACAAUGAAGACCACUAACGCAAGCAAUCCAGUCAACCAGGUCAGCUUCAACCCGUACAACAACAUCCAGGUGUGUGUGAGUGGCAGUGGAGUGUUUCAGGUCUUGUGUUAUUCAGAGGGAUCUUUCAAGCAGACCAGCUUUCCAAAGGUUGUGUGCAUAAACUUUGUGAGUCACGCUUGGAUCACUGAGGAUCAAGUGAUAACAGCAACCAGCACUGGCAGGAUGCUGGUCUUUCAACAUGGAGACCUGCACUGGGUGUUGGACAUGACUGCAUUGGAAAUACCUGACAGGCAAGUGGAGAUGAAGAAGACCAGAGGCAGAGAUAUCAAUGAGGGCCCCACUUUGACGGGUAUCACAUUUGUUGUGGCAUAUUCCAAAGGUUUUGCAUGCUCUACAAAACCUGGUAGAGUCUGUCUUUAUGAAAAGACAGCAAAGAACACGUACAGAAAGAGCAGGGAGAUACAGAUCCCUCGCCAUUGUGAUGAUAGCCAUGUGACUUCGGUGGAAUGCCAGGAGAUCACAUCCAUGUGCAUGAGUCCAUCGGAGGAAACCCUGGCCGUCAGCACAGACAGAGGACAACUGUAUGGCAUCAACAUGUUCACUGUGGACAUCAGCAAGGAAAGAAGACUACAGUUUGAGUUCUUGUCACAGCCCUUCCACUCAGAAUGUAUCACUGACUUGUCUGUCUGCACUUGGAAGCCAAUCGUAGCCACCUGCUCUCUGGACCACUCAGUCCGCAUCUGGAACUAUGAAACAAAAAUGUUAGAAGUGGUCAAGGAAUUCCAUGAACAACCGUACACUGUGGCUCUCCACCCCACUGGUCUCUUCAUACUAGUCGGCUUUUCAGACAAACUCUGGCUGAUGGGCCUGCAUGUGGAUGACAUCUGCAUGUUGAAGGACUUUGCCAUUCAAAGUUGCAAAGAGUGUUCUUUUAGUCAUGGUGGCCACUUGUUUGCAGCUGCCAGUGGAAAUGUCAUCCAUAUCUACUCUCUGUCCUCUUUCGAGAACAUCCACAGUCUAAAAGGUCACAAUGGAAAGAUUAGUGACAUGAAGUGGAGCAUGGACGACAGUCGGCUGGUGUCAUGUGGAGUGGAUGGUGCAUUGUAUGAGUGGAACACACACACUGGCAAGCGGGAGUCCGACACUGCCCUCAAGUCCUGCACUUCUACGAGUGCAGCCUUCUCUUCUGACGGCAGGUCCGUGCUCACUGUGGGCUCAGACCACACCUUGAAAGAACUCCGAGCUUGUCAGAUCGUGAGCCAGGUUGCUGCGGAUGAUAUAGCUUUUACAGCCAUGGCAGUGUCUCACUCUGGUCAUGUCGUCUUCGCUGGUACCGAUACUGGCAACAUUGCGGCAAUUCAAUUUCCAUCACCUUGUGAGAAGAAGUGGAUGCUCUACCGCGCUCACUGUGGCCCUGUCACCAAGAUGGUGAUCACAUUUGAUGGUCAGUUCCUACUUACGGUCUCUGAAGACUGCUGCCUGGCAUUGUGGAAGAUCCUUCAUCAUCAUGACUGUGGAAUAAAAAACAACAAACACAUUGAAGAGACCCUCAUUAGCAAGUCACACUUGGAAGACAAGUCCCAGAAGAUGUUGGAGCUGAAAGUGCGUCUGGAGGAGAUUGAAAUGGAAAAUGAGUACCAGCUCCGAGUGAAGGAAAUGAACUACAAUGAGAAGAUGAGAGAGUCAUGUGACAAGUUCACUCAGCAAGCGCAAGUUCUGGAAACAGCACAACAGGAAAUGAGAAGAGCUUUGGAAAAGCAGGAAGUUGAGCAUCGGCAGAGCUGUGACGAACUCAUUAGGAAACAUUCUAAAGAAGUGCAGGCUUUAGAGUCAUCCUACAGUCAGAAGCUGAUUGUGGAGCAUGAAAAGUACCAGGAUCUUCAGAAGAAAUGUGAAAAAAUGCAGGAAGACUACAAAGAACAGUUGAAGAGCGCUGCAGAAAGCAAAUCCAGAGAAGUUGAGAAGCUCAGUCAACUUCAUGAGGUCAAACUGGAAGAGAAAACUCAGCUCCUGGCUAAGUGUCAAAGAGACGAGCAGCAGCAGAGCCUCAAGUUCCAACACAUCAUUCAGCAAUUAGAAGAGGAUGAAGUCAGAAAAAUCCAUGACAUGCAAAUCAAGUACGAGAAGAAACUGCUGACAGAGAAAGAAAGUAACAAACAUCUCCAGGAAGACGCAACUAUUAUGAAGCAAAAGUUGUCCAGUCUGCAGAGACAAGUGGAUGACAGACAUGCAGACAUCAGCGUGCUCAAGCAGGAGCGAAACAUGCUGCUGGCCUUGAUCCAGUCCCUCCAGGAGGAUAUCAAGGACCUCAAAUGGCACAACUGUGGACACAAACGGACUAGCGAGGACAAGGAUAAGACCAUCUCUGAUUUGAAAAAGAAACACCAGGAGUUGGAGAAGUUUAAGUUUCUUCUUGAUUUCCAGCUGAGUGAGUUGAAAAAGCAGACGGAGCCGCAACAAGAAAGCAUCAAUGAGAAGAAAGAAAGGAUCCAUCAACUGGAGGACGAAAUAGUGAAGAUGGACAAGGACAACACCCAGCUGAAGCUCACCAUCUCCGACCUGAAGCUCAAGCUGAGGAACAAGGAUAAAGACAUGCACAAGGAGAUGCAACGAGUGGGAUGCCUGGACACCAAGCUCCAUCGACUCAAGGCAGACUUGCAAGACUGUGUGAGCUUCAUCCAGGAGCCAAGAAAACUCAAGAAGAGCGUACAGAUGAUUUAUGCACGUUAUGUACAGCACACUGAUGAGGUGGAUAAAAAUCACUCUGUUGAUGUUUGGAGGACAUUAAGUUGCCAGCAAGACAACAAAGAAAAGACGCUUCCAAGUUUCAAGUCCAGACGCUCCAAGUCUGCUGCCGAUGAUCAGGACAAAAACUACAUCAAAAUCAUGAAGGAAAACGUGACGCUGAUCGGUGAAAUCAAUGAACAGCGGAAUGAGCUACGUCAGCUGAGAAGUGAACUCAAAGACUACAAAGCUCAGAUGGACCUUUUCAAAAGGUCCAACUCUUCCUCAACCACUCAGAAUCAUGGAAAUCAACACUUGAACUAAGCGGCUUUCACAUUCUGCAUCAAAAUAGUAUUAGUAUUAAGUACUUUAUCAUGCUGUUUGUUAGACGUAGUUUAGAUGUCUGCACACCCGGAAGGACACAAUGAAACCAUCCUUGACUGGUGGUGGUUGCAUGUGUGUUCAGAGUACCCUGACAUAACUUGUUUUAUUGCUUUCUAAAUCCAGCACAGCUUUUUUAGGGAGAACAAAGAAACAGUCAACCACAUGCUAACUUACACUUUAUUUUGUAAUGAGGACUAGAAUAUGAGAACAAGAGUGAACUAAAAGAAAUAAUCAGAAACUGCUGGACAUCUUGGUGAACUCUUGUUUUAGAUCAACACAGUGCUUCUCAAUUCUCCCGUGCAGCUUAUCCAUUGCAGCACAAAGGGUGUCAUACAUCGCCUGCAAACAAACAUCAUAAACAACCUCAGUACAUGUAAAAUACAGUGCCUUCCACAAGUAUUGGGACAGUGAGAUCCAUUUCUUUGUUUGCUUUACACUAAAAACAACGAGUUUGACAUCAAAACAUGAAUUUGAGAGCAGAGAGCAACAGAUCAGGUAUUUACAUCUGGAUCGGAUGCAACUGGAACUUAGCGCCUUUUGUUUGAACCCACCCAUUUUGCAUGUGAGCAAAAGUAUUGGAACAUGUGACUGAUAAGUAAUGUAAUACGAUACACCUAUUUAAUCAAAUAGUGAGUUUCAGAUUGGGUAGGAUAGGUUUUGCCUGUGUUGAUUCCAUUUAGAGGUGAAAACAACAUGAAAACUAGAGAGCUGUCUUUGGGUGAAAAAUGAGCAAUUGUGAAAAUUAAUCAGUCCAUAAAACUUUUGUCACUGAAUUUUUUUAGGCUCAUCUCUGUACUUUUUUGACAAUUCCUAGCAUGGCCUUCCUACUCUUCUUGCUAACGACUGGUUUGCAACUUCUGGUGUAGCCAUUGUACUUUUGCAGAUGAAGCCUUCUAUGAAGAGUGGACAGUGAUACCUUCACUCCUGCCCUCUGCAGGUUGUUGCUGAUGUCACCAACGGUUGUUUUAGGCUCUUUCUUUACAGCUCUCACAAUGUGUCAACUGCUGAUGUUAUCUGUGGUCUACCUGUUCCACGUCUGAUACUUCUCCCUUCUCCAGGACAUUCCAAAUGGUUGUAGUAGCUAUGACACAAUGUUUGUGCAACGGUUCUGAUCGAUUUUCCAUCUUCUCAAUUGCAUCUGCUCAAUUCACAAUUGCUUGUUUUUCACCCAUAGACAGCUCUCUGGUUUUCAUGUUGUUUUCACCUCUAAAUACAGUCUACAAAGGCAAAACCUACCCUAACUGAAACUAAGCGUAGACAUUCACUGCUAUUUAUUGAUUGAAUAAAUAAUGUAAUAGGAUACAUCUGGGCAACAAACCACACCUGUCAGUCACAUGUUCUAAAACUUUCACUCACAAAAAUGGGUGUGUUCGAAUAAAAGUGCUAUCUUCUAAGUUGUGCAUCCGAUCCAGAUGUAAAUACCUGGAAAUAAAAGCUGAAAUGGUGCUCUCUGCUCUCAUAUUCAUCCUUUCACCUAAAACCCAAAUGUUUUCAGUCUACAGCAAAAAUAAAGGAAUUGAGAUGGAGAUGGAUGGAGAAGAGGGCAGGGGGCGACAUCUUCGUACUUUGCUAUGAGUUCUGUCUUGAAUGUUUCUCACCUGCCACUUUCUUUGGCCCCGUGGCGUGUUAUUUAGCAGUAUAGCAUAAAAAUGCACCGUGAGUCAGCAAGGCGUUGGAUGCUUUGUUUGGGCACUCCCAUUCCACGGCAUACUUUAUUAGUUUGUUUGAGCAAUACUGUACGAAAACCGAGGUUUGACUGUAUUUGAGCCCUCGCUGAUUGUGAGUUUCCCUCCUUACAAAGAUAUGAACAGAACAUCAUUUUUAUGCUAUUUUUAAGCACAGCAAGAGAGACAGUGAAAAAAAAAAUCCAUCCUUUGACAGCUUUGGUCUUGCCCAUGGUGGUAGAGAGGUGUGAAUGGCAGACAGUGUUUGUGUUUUGUCUUUUAUCCAUAAGAGUUGAGAUUUAGGAGUACUUUCUUAAAAAGGGACAGGACUCAUUUGUGUGUUUCAUGGAGACAUAACUGAUCUGUGUGUGCUGCUGCUUUUUUAUGUCCUCUCUCUCCCUGUUACAAUAAAAGCCAUAUCUUUGUAAGGAGCAAAAGGUACAGAACCAGCACGUAAUGAAAUGUAAUACUUAUUUGCAUACCUGAGCUUUCUGUGUCUCCUUACUGCAUACUUCUCUCAGGCUGUGGAUCUUCACUUUAAGCUGCUGUGUCUCUCUGGAGAUCUCCUGGAUUUUGUCUGCCAUCUUCUCGCGUUUGUGAUGGAUUUGGUUACACUGUCUGCGUUUGGAGUGAUGAAAGAUAUGAAAGACGAGGGCACUGACAUUUCACUUGCUCAGAUGGCAGCUUACACUCAUCGUGGAAUGAAAAUUUUUUCAAUUGUUUUUAUUUUGUAAGGCUUUGUAUUUAGUUAUUAAUAUCCAGGCCUGUCACAAUAACAAAUUUUGCUGGUCCAUAAUUGUCCUAUAAAUUAUUGUCAAUCGAUAUUAUUGACAAUAUUUUUAAGACAAUUUUUUUCAAUUAUUAUAUGGCAUAACAAUCAGAGUACAUCGUAUCAAAAGCAAUAAACUUUAAUUACAUUGUAAUUGGAAUGUCAGGAGCUUUUAAAUAAAUUAAACAUAAUAAACAACAAAAAAAAACUCAAUGAAAAUUACAUGGACUGUCGCUGUUAAGAAAAAAAAACACUCCAAUAAAAAACACACACACACCCUCAGUUAUUUGGUGUAGUGUCAUAUUAGAGCUGGCCCACGUACUGUAUCUGUGGUGGCAGUUUAAAAUGCAAUGUUUCUGAUGUCCUUCAACACGUCUUCUUUCACGCGGUUCUACAGUUCAGGAAUGGCUGUUUGUGACAUGUCGUACUUGUACCUUCUCCCAGGCAAUUCAUACUGUGUCAAACAUUUUUAACAUUUCCUCAAAUGUUGCAUUUCUUUUGCAAUGUAGCUAGCGACACUGACUGACUGUCGGGGGGCGAAGGCUCCUUUCCAACUCCGUUUUAUGUGUGCAUACAAGUUGGUCGUGUUCCCCUGCUUCCUCGUCACUACUUUAACAAAUGCGACAUGUCAAUUCGACUGUGUUCA